AUGCCUCUGACAGAUUUAUUAGGCGAAGAAGAAAAGCUGCAGUCGGCAGAGCUCAAAAGCCUGGGUUACAGCGAUACUCAAUUGAAGCGUGUAUUCAGAAUCACGGAAUCACGACUUGACGAGUUCAAGCUCUACAUCGUCAAUUGCGUGCACGCCUCAACAGCACUGCAGGAAGGUCAUGACAUCUCAUCCGCUGGUUUCCAGUCCCUGGUGCACAUUCACUUCAAGAAAAUCAAGGGAACAUUUCCAGACAUAUGCGUCUCUUCAAAGAGAGACGCAUCAGUGCAUUGCGACUACUGGGAAUGGGUUGUCAAGAGCUUGAUUCGAGAGGAGAAGCUUAGACGCCUGUCGUUGAGGAAGGUGAGACAAACUCACCAGGUACUCUCGGUGGACGAGAUUGUGGCUCAGGUAACUUCUGGUGGAGAGCUCGACAUUCCCAAGGUGCAGCUGUCUGAUGUGCAGUGGGAGCGAAAGACCAUUCACCUCUAUGAUGCUACUGGUCAGAAGCCUUUGGAGAAUGGAUGGGGAUGUGUCAGGUCGUGGGUUCGACGUCUGGGAUUUGGUCAGCGUCCUUUGCUCUACCACUAUCACGACGUUGAUUCUUCUGAGGUUCAUCCGCACGAUGCCUUGUGCUUUGUGGCGGAUACAGAUUCUUUUGACAAGGUUUGCCGUGUACAUCUUUCCCAGGCUCAUCAUAUUGCGUUCCUUAUCACUACUGCGGAGCAUCUACAGUCCUAUCUCCUCUCAAGAGCUGCAACGCUAUCUGUAGGUGCAGUACCGGUGCAGCAUCCUCGCGAACAGCUUCAAUGCAUAUCUCCAGUUGAGCUACCAGGUGAACGACAUCCACAAAUCUUGACGCUAGGCAAGCAGGAGCCAACAACCAGUACCAACAUGAAGGCCGCAGACGAUGUAAGGAACCUUGACGAGAGCUCUCGUCAAAAGUUGACCCUUCACGACGAGGUAAUCGAGCUCCGGGAGCAGGUUCGUGACCUACAAGAAAAGGAUAUCGAGAAGACCGCAGAGAUCACAAUGCUACGAGAGGAGAAUGAACUACUUCGUGCCCUUUUGAGGAAAAAGGGGACUGCUCUCCUCCUGACGAGGCAACCUGAAUGA